GUAAAAGACUCUGUCUUUCUCUUUCCAUGUAGAAUUUCUUCCAAGACGGUGCCUAUUUUCCUGAAGGAUUCCAUCACCACCUGGGAAGUCCUGGCUGUGAGCCUUUCAGAGACCAAAGGGAUCUGUGUGGCUGACCCCUAUGAGAUAACAGUAAUGAAAGAUUUUUUCAUCGACCUCCGGCUGCCCUACUCUGUCGUGAGGAAUGAGCAGGUGGAAAUCCGGGCUAUUCUCUACAACUAUCGGGACCAAACAAUUAAGGUCCGGCUAGAGCUGCUGUACAACCCAGUUUUCUGCAGCGCAUCCACUUCCAAGGCUAAAUACCGGCAGAUCCUUGACAUCAAAGCCAAGUCCUCCCUGGCCGUGCCAUUAGUGAUUGUCCCGCUGCAGCUGGGAUCUCAUGACAUUGAGGUCAAGGCAGCAGUGUGGGGCAGUUUUGUGUCUGAUGGCGUGAAGAAGAAACUGAAGGUUGUGCCUGAAGGGAUGAGGAUGAGCAAAACAAUUAAGUCUGUAGUAUUGGAUCCAUCUGCAAAAGGACCAGGGGGAGUCCAGGAAGAGAAGGUGAAAGCGGCAGAUAUAGAUGACAUGGUUCCAGACACAGAAUCGGAGACCAAAGUCAGCAUACAAGGAAACCCUGUGACAAUCAUUAUCGAAAACUCCAUCGACGGGGCCAACCUGAAGCACCUCAUUGUGACGCCGUCUGGCUGUGGGGAACAGAACAUGAUCGGCAUGACCCCCCCGGUCAUCGCCACCAUCUACCUGGACGGCACCGAGCAGUGGGAAAGGAUCGGGGUGGAACGCAGGGCGGAAGCCAUCAAGUUGAUCAUGCAAGGUUACACGCAGCAGAUGGUUUACAAAAAACCCGACUUCUCAUACGCCGCUUUCAAAGACCGGCCAGCAAGCACUUGGCUGACGGCGUACGUGGCGAAGGUCUUUGCUAUGGCUAAGAAACUGGUGCCCAUUGAAAACCAAGUUAUCUGUGGGGCAGUGAAAUGGCUGAUCCUGGAAAAGCAGAAACCGGAUGGGGUCUUCCAAGAAGAUGCCCCCGUAAUCCAUGGAGAGAUGGUUGGAGGGUACAAGGGUGCUGAGCCUGAUGUCUCUUUAACGGCUUUUGUGCUGAUUGCAUUGGAAGAGGCCAAGGACAUCUGCAAGGAUCAAGUCAACAGUUUGGAAGGCAGCAUCAGCAAAGCCGCUGACUUCUUAGCUGAAAGGUACCAGUCUCUAGCCAGACCUUACACUGUGGCUCUUGCAUCCUAUGCCUUAGCGAUGGUGGGGACACUGAACACUGAAAAGGCGCUCAUGAGAGCUUCGACAGGUAAGUCAGGGCAUCUUAUCAACUACUGGAAAGAUGUGGCCAAGUCAGGAUGGGGUUCAGGGAAGAGAAGCAAAGGAGGCUGGAGAGGGAUUAAUUUAUGAGGAAUGAAUAACAGGCAU